CAUUCCCCUGGCCUUCCACGGGGAAUACCGGAAGUCCGCUAUUGCCUAGUGCUUAUUUAUACCUCGAGAGCGAUUAAACCUACUUCGCAUCUCGAAUCUGAAGAGGUUCAGUUUACUGACGAUAGCUGAAGUAGCUGCGUGAGAUUUCACACCCCUCUGCCUCACAGGAUGUCGCACCUCUACCCUCGUUACGAGGUCCUCCAAAAGACCUUCCCCAGCCAGUCCCAGGAUGGGCUGAAGGCACGAAGCAGCCGAGGUGCCACUCCGUACCAGGCUCGCAUGGACCUCUACUCUGCCUACUCGACCAUAGAGGACAAGGCCAAGAAGCUCUCUGCUGAAGCGACUGCCGAGUUCAACAAGGCUUCUGCUGCGGCGCAGUCUAAGACGGGCGCGAUUGAGCUCUACUCCGGCAAGUACUAUGCCGCGUGUACCUUUGGUGGAUUGCUGGCCUGUGGCCUGACGCACACGGCUGUCACACCUCUCGAUGUUGUCAAGACCCGGCGACAGGUGGAUUCGAAGUUGUACACGGGCAACUUCCAGGCCUGGGGGAAGAUCUACCGGACCGAGGGACUCCGUGGUAUCUUCACUGGCUGGAGCCCUACCUUCUUUGGCUACUCCGCCCAGGGCGCCUUCAAGUAUGGCUGGUAUGAGUAUUUUAAAAAGACGUACGCGGACAUCGCCGGUCCUGAGGCUGCCUACAAGUACAAGACCGGUCUCUACCUUGCUGCCUCUGCCUCGGCCGAGUUCCUGGCCGACAUUGCUCUGUGCCCCUUUGAAUCGGUCAAGGUGAGGAUGCAGGCGAAGAUCCCUAGCCCUUAUACUGGCACCUUCCACGGUCUCAGCACUAUUACGGCUACCGAAGGUUUUGGUGGUCUCUACAAGGGUCUCUAUCCUCUCUGGGGCCGACAGAUCCCCUAUACCAUGAUGAAGUUCGCCUCCUUCGAGACCAUUGUCGAGAUGAUCUACGACCGCAUGCCUGGAUCCAAGAACGACUACUCAAAGGCCACCCAGACUGGCGUUUCUUUCGUCGGUGGCUACCUGGCCGGUAUCUUGUGCGCCAUCGUCUCUCACCCUGCCGACGUGAUGGUCUCCAAGUUGAACGCCUACCGGAAGCCGGGUGAGUCGUUUGGAACUGUGACCUCCAGGAUUUACGCAGACAUCGGCUUCAAGGGACUGUGGAAUGGUCUCCCGGUGAGAAUUGUAAUGAUCGGAACUCUGACUGGCCUGCAAUGGAUGAUCUACGAUUACUUCAAGAUCUAUAUGGGCUUCCCCACAACUGGUGGUGCAGCACCCCCUGCGAAGGCGGAAGAGUAAGCUCAUUGAAGAUAGGGGAAGAGAGAGAAAAGAUGAUAUGGGUGUCGUAUCGAGGAUGUGGGCAAUUGCAUCCUAGAACAGAUGACCAGGUCGCUGACUGACCUGGGGACUUGUAUUCAAAUGGCUGUGGCAUACAUCUGCAAUAUUCCGAGUUACUGAUACAUCAUGAUACAUUGUGGUCUUCGUACUUAAGAG